GAGAGGUUAGCAGGGUACUAGCUGGGUAUUAGCUGGUCAGACUGAUUCGUAGCUGGGUCUGAGUGGUAUAGCAGUGACUAUGGCAGGCACAGAGUAGAGUACAAGCUAGAUGACUGGACACUGGCUGAUAGUAUGACUGAUGCCACCUUGUCUGCCUCCUGCGCACAGACCACGCCAUGAUGUUGCCUCCUUCCCUCUCCUUUCUUCUCUCUUCCAUUGCUUCCUGCUCUGCUCGCUGCUCUUUACUCUGCUCUCUCACUACUGCUUACUGCUACUGCCUACUGCUGAGUACUGCCACUCCAUGUUCCGACCAGCAGAGGACAUGGCAGAGGUCCAGCGCCUCAGAGCACAACUCUACCACGCAGAAUCAGAGAAGCAAAAGCUCGCAGAGUCUCUCCUCCUCAUAGCCGGCAAUGUCCCUGGCGAGAGACCCAGCUACUUGACUGCAGCAGCUGCACCUUACCACAACCCACCCUCGAGGCAACUCUACAGCACACCACCCUUCGUCUUGCCACCCAAGGAAAAGAAACCCGUGCCUAUCGUUGCUCCGUCAGCAGCACCAGCAAGCACCGAUCACCGUCCUGCUCACCAGGGUACCUCUGGCAAUAACGGCACAGAUUUCCCGACAGACGUGCUUUUGCUGGGAUCCAACGCUGGACGUGGUCCGUUCCUAUUCAGGCUCGAGUUCUCCGACGGGGAACGUCAAAUCGACUUUCCAGUCCAUGAAAACGAUGAUCCUGUCGAAGUGGUCCAGCGAUUGCGUUCACAAGUCACAGAGCCCUCUACGGAAGAGCAAGUUCUGUCUUGGGUCGAAGCAAUUCGAACAAAGAAGACACUCUGGAAGAAACGACGACAGCAGCAGCAACCUCGUGUCAAUCACCGCGCUGCCAUUACUCCGGGUCCUGCAGCCGCAGCAACACCCUCUGCCACAAUCCCAGAAUCCACCAGGACCUCCACCGAGGAAGCACGAUUCAGUGUGAUUGCUGAAACUGCACCCUCAGUCACCUCACAAUCUACCACAAAGGCCAAAGAGUCCCAUCAACCUGCAACUCACAAAGCAGUAAGAGUCGCCACACCCAAGUUAGAGCCACCUACCUUGGGUCAGAAAUUCGACGUGCCAGAGUUAACUACCUCUCAACAACCUGCACCUGCGGCUGCGGAUGAUUGGUAUUCCGCUCCUGCUGCUACAACGAUUCCCCAAGCUCAAGCUCCAACGGUGACCAAGACAGUAGCCAAGCAGGCUCCUGCCGCAGAUUCUUGGGAUACUGCACCUGCCACCACAACGGAGUGGAACGCUGCACCGGCUCCUGCCACCAAUGAUUGGAAUGCUGCACCCGCUCCUGCCAUCAACGACUGGAAUGCUACACCCGCUCAAGCUGAUUUCACUGAAGAGACUGCUCCUACUCAAGAUGCAUGGCAAGUUGAACAGCAAGAUGAUGUGUAUCAAGUUGAAGAGUCCUUUGGCCUGCAUCGUAAAUGGCCUUGGGUGGCAAAUGGCAAUGGCAACGGCAAUGGCAAUGCUACAAAUGGCCAACAGCAGAAACAACAACGUGCUCCUGCUCCUACUGCACCUACUGCUGCUGCCCCAUCCAGGGCACAGCAAGACUGGGAUGAUUGGCAAGCACCUUCUUCAUCACCCGUCGGUGGAGUCACACCUCAAAAGGCACCUGCUAGUGAUGACUGGCAAGCCAUCCCUUCACAAUCCUCAAUCCACUCGUCACCUCAGCAACUGCAACGUCCUGCACCCACCUCCCUUCCACCACAAGCCAGUGGAAACAAAAUGCCCGCUGUCCCAGCAAUGGCCGCUGCACCUCCACAGUUUGCAAAUAUCCAAGGAAACCCCAAUGCCGGUAUCAAUGAACGUCCACCAGCACCAGAACUUGUGGCACCCAAGUAUAGUCCUGAAGAGGAAGCUCAGAUGAAUGCUUGGGCCAAUGGUAGUGCUGCUGUUGCUGAACCUGGUACAGCAGCUGCUGCGAUGGAUGAUUGGGAGUGAUUUGAAUGAUGAUGAAAUUGAAGAUGGCAUUGAUUAACGACCUUGUCUGCAUUGAUUUUUGCGCGUUUGAGUAUCGAUUAGCCAGCAGUAGCGCUUGCCAUAGUCAUUUUGAGUCUUUUACA